AUGCAGGGGAAGAUGCCUGGUUGUAAUCUGGCCAGUAUUGAAAACCGCUCCUAUUUCCUUAUCUGUAUCGCAGGAGGAGACCGAAACAGCUUCAACUUGGGGACGAGUUUCACUCCUGUAGACUCAGCUGCUCUAAGGAACCACUGGCCAGAAAGCAACACUGAGCCCCACACAGAGAACAUCACCUCUGAUCAGAAUCAAGUGGACGUUUCCACAGUGGCCUCCAAGGAGGGUGUGAUGGCUCAGACCUCCGGCCAGAGUCGCGCUCCUUCAGGUGCUCCAGAAAACAUCGCUCCACCGGCUGAAAGCGCAGGCGCUGGAGGAAAGAACCACUCCGCGAGGGGAACCGACGCCACCACCUCCCCUGCUGGGCCCGAGAGAGCAGCCGCCCUGACUUCCCGGAGCAGCACCUCGGCCUUGGGAGGGCUUCACCUGCCAGCCAGCAGUACAGGAUCAGAAGAAAGCAGUGCCCCUCCUCACACAGAGAGCAGACCCUCCCGGGGUUCCGAAGAAGCGUCCGUGCGUGCCCACGUGGCCACUUCAGUUUUGAGCCAGUCCUUUCUUCCUGCUCUGGAGACGGGAGAAGAGACCACACUGUCCAGGAGGAGGAAUUCCUCAGAGGCAGAGUUCUCCUGGCUGCAUUUCUCCAGGACAUCGGCUUCCUCCCCUCCCUCAGGUCACUCCAAAGCUUCUGGAAGUACGGAGGAGCUAAACAACUCUACUGCUCCUCGAAGCCCUUCAGCCAGUUGGACAGAGAGUGUGCAGGUUGCCACCACGUUCCCCAGUGGUGUCCCAAGGGUGAUUCAGUCUUUAGCUGUCAGUCUGGGAUGGCUAAACGAGACAGAGGGUUUCUCCGAUGGCUCUGAAAUUGCCACAACUCCAGCAUCAGUCCAUUCUUCACCGUCUGAGACAGAACUGAGGAGAAACACCAGAGUAAUUGGGAGUCUAGGGGAUGGGGAAUUCAGUGAGCCGUCCACAGAAAAUGGAUUUGGCCUUCCAUCUUCCGAGGCCUCAGUGGGAUUUUGGCAAAAUGAUUUCCCAAUCUCGGAAGGACACCAGCGGGCCAGCAGCUCUGACCCGGGAACCGGGAGCCCCGUGUCCCAGACUGAGACUGUGCCCGGGCCCGUCCCGUUGGGCAGCACUGGAGAGAGCGCCGCGCGCUGGGGCUUGACCAGCAGCAAGACGGCUGAAGAUGUGCCGGGAAGCUCUGCUUCCUACCCUGCAGCUGUGAACUCUUCCGCUUUGACCCGGUUCUCAGCCUCUGCCCCACAGCCUGGAGGCAGUGACACAGCGCUGGGGGAGAGGAGGCGCUCCGAGCCGGGCACCGAGUCCUCGCCCUCCUCCUCCUCCUCCUCAGAAAGCCUGGAGUCCUCAGCCCCGCGCGGCCAACGCUCCACCACUGAAGAUAGUCCUGAGCUGGGCAUCAGUGCCGACACCCACGAGGGGUCCCACAGGACAUCAGGAGCCCGUGCUCACAGCCCACACACUUCAGCUACUGUCGCUGGAAACGGAGAGCGCACGCUGCGAUCCGUCACCAAUGGGAGCACGACUUCGGGGGCCGAGGGGCACUCUGAGGCAGCGCCCCGAGAAGCAGAGAGCGCCACUCCGCGUGGGAACAUGACCACGACUGUCACUGGACUUAGCCACAAUCAAGUGACUGGCACAGGUACUGAGCAGAGGACUUCCAGCGACCACACGGACCACACCUAUGUCUUGUCUACUUUCACCAAAGGAGAGCGAGCACUGCUGUCCAUCACGGACAACAGCUCAUCUUCAGAGACGAGAGAGAGUUCAACCUCUUCUGUGAAGGUCUCAGGCUCCCCACGUUCAGACUACCCUUCCCCUUCUCAGGUUCAGACUGAAGGAAGUAACGCCUCAUCCUACGGAGGGGUGUAUGCCCAGUCUCCCACGGAGCCGCUGGGUCUGCGUACAGCCAGCCAGCCACCCUACACACCCACCGCUAAAAUGUCAGGCACCGUGGGUCUCCUGGACGCGCAUGCCGGAUCGGUCGGUGGCUCAUCUUCUUCAUCAGGGCCCCCUUUGCCCCUGCCCUCAGUGUCACAGUCCCACCAGCCGUUCUCCUCAAACUUAUCCCCCAGGGCCUCCGCUCCUCCCCUGGAGGCCACCCCUGAAGCGCCCACACCUUCGCCCUCCUCGCCACCACCUUCGCCCAUAUCCCUGACAGCCUCUACCCCUGCCUCACUGUCCCUGACCCAGACAACCCUACCACCUUCAUCUUCUACCUUGGUCCUGCCCCGGGCAGGGGGCACUCCUGUGACAGCAGUCCGGAUGUCGACACUGGCAUCGUCUGUGGUGAUGCUCCCCGGCAGUCAGACAGCAGAUCCUAAGGACCAGAGCAGCCCACACCACGAAAAAAUGGUCACGGAAUCAAAGCCACUGAGCCGGGAGUCUCCGCCUACAGAGGUCACCGAAGCUGCAACUGUGAGCCCUGCUUCGGGGAUCCGUGUGUCCCCUGCCUUAACAGAGUUCUCCACUGAGCAGACCCUUCCAGCCACAACCACCGGCUUAGCCCAGACGCCUCCAGCUUUGACAGCCACCACUCUCAAGGCCCCCCAGCCCCCCGCGCCCACUCCCAGCCCCACGUCAAGCACAGCGACUCUGACGGCUGGCCCCACCGCAGUCCAGACUACGGCUGGAAAACAGUUCCUGACGACCACUCCUGAAAUUCUGGUGCCACGAAUCUCAACAGAAGUUGUUACCACAAAAAGAAACCAAGUUCAUAUAGAUAAUACCACCCGAUUAAGCCCCCUGACCAGUGCACCCACAUCAGCAGAAGUAUUGACCACGGGGCCUGGCAUUCCAGAAGAGUCCAGCCCAGCUUCACAUUUCCCCAGAACAUCUCCUCCCCAAGGCUCACACGUUUCUCCGGCUGAAGUGCUGACUCCCAAACCUACCGCCUUCCGCGCUCAGAGCAGCACACGGUCACCCACGACGUCGUCGUCUCCAGCCCCAGUGAACAGCUGUGCCCCUAACCCUUGUCUUCACGAUGGGAAAUGCGUUGUGGACCCCACCCGCCGUGGGUAUCGAUGCGUGUGCUCGCCUUCCUGGCAAGGGGAUGACUGCAGCGUGGAUGUGAAUGAAUGCCUCUCGAACCCGUGCCCACCCCUGGCCAUGUGCAACAAUACUCAGGGAUCCUUUACCUGCAGAUGCCCAGUUGGGUACCAGCUGGAAAAAGGAAUAUGCAAUUUGGUUAGAACCUUCGUGACAGAGUUUAAAUUAAAGAAAAUGUCUCUUAAUACCACCACGGAGAAACAUUCAGACCUACACGAAGUUGAAAAUGAGAUCACCCAGACAUUAAAUAUGUGCUUUUCGACAUUACCUGGUUAUACCCGAUCCACAGUUCAUGCUUCUAGAGAGCCCAGCGCCGUGGUCCUGUCACUGCAGACCACCUUCUCCCUGGCCUCCAACGUGACGCUGUUUGACCUGGCUGACGGGAUGCAGAUAUGUGUCAACUCCUGCAGGUCCUCUGCUGAGGUCUGCCAGCUCCUGGGAUCUCAGAGGCGUAUCUUUAGAGCGGGCAGCUUGUGUAAGCGGAAGACUCCGGAGUGUGACAAGGAGACGUCCAUCUGCACUGACCUGGAUGGUGUGGCACUGUGUCAGUGCAAGUCAGGCUACUUCCAGUUCAACAAGAUGGACCACUCUUGCCGAGCAUGUGAAGAUGGCUAUCGGCUUGAAAACGAAACCUGUAUGAGUUGCCCGUUUGGCCUUGGUGGUCUCAACUGUGGAAACCCCUAUCAGCUUAUCACCGUGGUGAUUGCAGCAGCAGGAGGUGGGCUUCUGCUGAUCCUCGGCAUCGCACUGAUUGUCACCUGUUGCCGAAAGAAUAAAAAUGACAUAAGCAAACUCAUCUUCAAAAGUGGAGAUUUCCAAAUGUCCCCGUAUGCUGAGUACCCCAAGAACCCUCGCUCACAGGAAUGGGGCCGAGAAGCUAUCGAAAUGCAUGAGAACGGAAGUACCAAGAACCUCCUGCAGAUGACGGAUGUGUACUACUCGCCCACAAGUGUAAGGAAUCCUGAACUUGAACGAAACGGACUCUACCCGGCCUACACUGGAUUGCCAGGAUCACGGCAUUCUUGCAUCUUCCCGGGACAGUAUAACCCAUCUUUCAUCAGUGAUGAGAGCAGGAGAAGAGACUACUUUUAAGUGAGAAGAGAGAGGAGCCCGUUGCUCUGAGCAAGUGGCCAGGGACCGCAGUUGCCCAGAGGACUGCACCUGGGGAGCCCCGCCGGCUGGCUGCUCCCAGGACCUGGGGAGCCACACUGGAGUGGCAGGCAGAAUGUGGGAUAGGUGUGAAGGGCGUGGCCACAGUGGGAGAGGACAGAUGGAACCUGUGGACGUGACGCUGCAGGCUGCUCACUUGUUACUGUGAAUGUGAACAUGGCCAGUACCAGGAGGUCUCUGAGUGACUGUGGCUCGUCCGCUGGCUGCAGGGGUGAUGUCAGCUGGGCAGCUCAUAGGCACACCACUGCAAGGACCCGGUUUCUCCUUAGUUUGCACUUUAGUAAAUUGGGUAAGGGGUCUCCUUUCGGAUUUUUUUCAAGACUGUCCUAGAAAGAAGGUCUCAUUUCCCCAGACAUUUCCAUAGGCCUCAAUUUGGUGAUUAAUUUAUAGCAAAAUAUGGGCUCUUUUGUUGUUUUCCUGCCCAGCACCACGUGCUAACAACAGGUGGUGGUGAUGAACAUACCACUAAGGUUUGGAGAUGUGGUAGGUGUUUCUAGGUCUUCUUGUGCUACAGUUUCCAAGCCAAUCCCCAAAAUGAGAAAUUGUGAGGCACAGCACACAACUCCAGUUUGUCUUUUGAGUCAAGGUGACACCUGGAUUUAAGAUUAUUUCUUCCCUUUGCAGUUAAAUCUCACUUUUUCAAAUAAGUCUAGAUCAGGGCAAAAUUACUUCCACUUGGUUUUAGUUCGAGGCAUCCAGCUGCCCUGCAGUGAGGCCCAGCGAGCAGCCCUGGGGCACUGAGGCUGAGCAAAGGCCCCAGAGGAAGAGUUAGACCUGCAGGCGGAGGGGCGCUUUUCAUCCCUGAGGACAGAGCCUGGCACCUGGGGCUCUCACCGUCAUUUUUGAGGCCCAGACUGCACCACAUGGAGUAGAAAUGCUAAGCUGAAUGCAGGUCGGGUCUGAGCUGGUGUUGCACCACUAAAGGAAAAGCAGCUUGUGUAAGCCUGACAGCUGACUGUGGUUAGAGGAAUGGGCUGAAUAGGCGAGUUCGCUGCCUGAAACACCAGUGCUCUGGGACGCACCGGGAGAUGCCUGAGGAAGGCUGGGGAGCGGGGAUGGAGCCACACGUGAGUCUGCUCACCUCCAGGUGCUGCACCGUUGAUUGUAUCCCUCCUCUUGUCCACCAGCUCGUUAUAAACUUUCAUCCAACUGCUCAGAGCUAUUUAUUCACUGAAGAUGUAACUUAUUUUCGCUCAUCUAGUGAUUUGCCCCGCUUUAUACUACUAUACAGUUCCCUCCGGAAACACGGCUCUAAUUCAAGUCAGCAUCAGAGAACUAAAGACUUCGGGACAGGUAGGAAGUGAGAGUUUGCCUUUGGGAAGGGACUUUCUCGCGUCUUAUUUAUUAUGCCUGUGGCAUGGGUCCUGCGACGGGGGCAUAUCCAGUGCUCUGUCCUUAGCUGCUCCUUGUGGACCUGUGAUGAUUCUCGCCAUCCGCUUCUGGAUGAAAUGAAGAGAACACGGGGUAAAGGAACUCUCGCCCUGAAGCCCAGAGUUCAGUGGAACCCAUAGUUUUGGAAAUGGGGUAGACUUGGGGACAGUUCUGUGCUCGGCAUGGCUGUUUCUUCAAGGUUCUUAACCUCUUUAGAAUGUAUCUAAUGCCUAUUCUUACGUGAUUCUCAUCUUAACAGUUUUAAGUGCGAACCCCUGUGUCCCGUGGUCUCCAGGGGCCCUCACUCCCCUGCGGCCGCGGGAACGCGUCAGCUGUGAGGCCUAUUAGAAGUUAAAUUGCACUCAUCUCUUGAGAUAGAUACAAAAAGAACUCUGUUUUAAUCAACGGAUGCCCACUUAAAAUUUCAGAGCAUCACCUUUUUGAAAUCUUGGGUCUUGCAUCUCCCUGUGGAACCAAACAGCCCUUUGUACUCAUGGCCUCACAUCUAACUAGAGAGCUCUGAGCUCCUGCACUCAGCUCACCUGAGCCAGCAGACUUGAGGUGGCCUGGCUUCCUGGCUCUCGAGCAGAUCCUUGCUCGUCCCCAGGACCCAGAGCCACGGUGGGGGUGGUCCUCAGGCAUGCGCGCCUGCCACCUUCAGCUGCCACCACGUCAUCUCCUGUAUCUGGGCCAGAGCUCUGAGCUCCACAAAAUGAAGGGUUCCGUCCCAAAAGCAUUCUUGAGAAGAAUCCUGAAAAGUACGUCCUGUGAGCUCCAAGAAUACUUUCCUGUGAAUGGGUUUUGUGCAUAUGAAGUGGAUUAAGAGUGUUGUUUUUCUUUUACUGUGAAAAGAGCAGGUCACCUGCAAGGUUGAGUUCACAGAGACUCUGCAGUUGCUAGGAGGCACGUGGGGGUGGGGAGGGUGCAUCUGCAGGGCAUGAGGGUCUAAGAAGGCAUGAGGACAGCGUGACAGUCGGUGCCAGCUUACCCUGGGCGAGGAAGGGAGCGGCUGGCUUCAUUCCUGCUCGGGGUUGGUCAUACCUACGUAAGGGCCCUUUCUGCCAAGGGGCCACACCUAAUAGGGGGGCAGCCGCCUCUGGACUGAAGUGACAGGACUGGAUGCACCCCUGGCAAACAAGCUCUCAGCUCUGGCACAGGGGCUCAGUGUCAUCUCCGCACCUGGAAUCCAUGGGCACAGAAAUGCCACAGUCCUACGUCCCUGGGUGGGGCCCACAGCCGGGGGAAGGUGGGAGGAAGGGGAAAGUGACACUAACUGCCCACGAGACCCUUAAAUUUUUGUAGGGACGAGUGGGGCUGAAUGGAACCCACCUGUCCCGCAGCAUAUCUGAGCAAGGUGACUCGCAGAGCAGGGUGGUGCUCACCUGCUGGCCUCCUAGUAUCUGUGGCUUUUGUUUAAGCUCUUAACCAAAAGGUCUGAUUUCUCCUGUCCUUUCCUCUUUGUCCCAUGAGCCCUCCCAGGGCUGUAGAGACAAAAUAGGAAGCCUAAAGAGUCACACAGCAUCUCUGGUGUUCCUGCCGUGGCCAGGCUCCAUGCAAGGUACUUGGCCUCAGGACACCCUUGCGAGGUGGGCAUGAGAUGCCCAUUUCUCAGGUAUGGGAAACUUCAGAGAGGAUAAUUGCCUUGGGGAGCCAGGAUUCACACCCUUUUGCCUGGCUUGCUCUUCUCACUAUCCUCCUGCCUCACCAUCCAGUGCGCUUUAAAUAUCAAAGGGCAUCAGAGAGUGGGCUGUAAAUACCUUAUUGUUUUUUAAAGAACCUUAAUGUUAUUAAGCAAUAACUAAACUAAUGACAUGCAAAAACAAAAUGUUGACUCCCCUUUUGAAAAAGCACUUUCAGGUUUGUCAUUACAUGGACUUCUUGGACACUUGCGGCCAUUAAGAAGAUAGUGGCUGGCUUGUGCUUAGCAAGAAGCACAUUGGUAUGUGGCUUUGGGUGUAGGAGGUGUAAGGUAAUGAUGACCUGGUUUUUUGACACACAGCCAGAGUUAAAUGUCUAUCUGAGGGCCACUUUGAAACGUUUAUUUUCAGAAGCAGCGAAGUCAUUUAGAGCCAAAAUUGCUGAGUGGAUAGUGUAAUCAAGCUGGCUGGUAGCAUGGGGUCAGAAACUAAGAUGUGAUUGUUAAGUUCUUGAAGAGGUGACUGUAAAAGUUGGUCCGAAAGAGAGGGCAGCAUCUUUUCAAUACAAGGCUGGAUGGCUGCCCAAGAAAAUGUCUUUGAAGGAUAUUUAUUCAGAUGUGAAAGUUCUCAGAGCAGACACAGUAGAGUCUUGUAUGUGACUUUUGGGGGCUUCUAUUUAGCCACCCUGCCCACUGGUGAAGUGCCCGGGUGCCUGUAGCUCUAGGAACUUUGCCUGGAGAUGCUAGAGUUGUAUUGUCCAGUUGUCUCUGGAUUAGUUUUGCCUAAUGAACCCACCACUUAGGUGUGACCCAUAGUUCUAAGAUACACUGAUUUCAAAACAAGCAAUUCUGUGGAAAGAGGAAGAAUUUCCGUAUUUUACGUCUUGUUUAAAACUACCCUUACUGUCAGAGAUAUUUUUUUCUAUGUGAAUAUUUUUGCGGGGACUAGAAGGGACAUUUUAUUUCACUCUGGGGUUCUUGUGUAUGUGUUUGGAAAAUGAUACCCGGUUUUGCAGAGUUGGCUUUUGAGUACAGUGUGUAUUCUUUUUUCUUUUUCUUUUCUCCAAUCCCCAGAGAAGGGAACGGGUUGAAAUACUAGGAACAUUAGAGUAUUAAAUGUCAGUUAAUUUGUUGUGCUAAAAUAUCCUUUUAAUAAUGUUAUAAUCCAUCCUAUUUGGUGUAAACUGCUCACAGAAAAACCUGUGAAGCCAAAGGGGACAGUUUGGGUCUGAAAAGAGACAGAUCUCAGACUGGCUCUGUCCCCUUGGCAUUUUUUAAGAGGACACAUGAGGUCUGGUUCUAUUGUCGUUUUGUGGACACACCUAAUGCACAUCAGAUGCAGGGUCAUUAGGGAGGAAGGACGGGACCACACAGGGAUGGAUGGAACCAGUCUACCUUGGGGAACUAACCCGAGUCACUUAUCUUCCUCUGUUACCUUGGUAUGUUUCUUUACAAAAAAGGUCUUUCAACAUGGGCUGUGAGUUUUCUCAAUGUUUGUGUUGCUGGAUUUACGGUGAGAGGAAGCAUGUAGCUGGAAUCUGAACUGUUUGAGUUUUCACAUCCUGGAUCUCUCUCUGCAAACUUCUACACCUUAGCCCCCGAUUGAUUGUGUUAAACCCAUUAUGAGAGUGUUAUUUAAAGUUGUAUUAUAAUGGCAACCUCCACUAAUUAUUCAGUACUGUAGCAGCAAAGUAUUAUUUGUAAAAAUUCAGUUAUUUUUAUACUUAUACUCACUAUAAGUCUGGCGUUCUAGUCAGUAAAAUGAUGCAAUAAAAUAAAUAUCAUUUUC